AUGACAGCAACGUUCCGCCGGCUUUUGGUGCUCACCCCUGUCCUUGUUUUGACCACAUUCGUUCUCUACCUUUACACAUCGCAAGAACUUGGACAUUUCUCUACCCUUUCUACUUUCUACAAUUUUACCUCGGCAUAUACUCCGCCAAAGCCCUCUUUGGAUCUAGGCUUUAUUUCCAAAACUUAUGUUAUUUCUCUUCCGCACCGGACAGAUAGACGAAAUGAUAUCGUCCGUCUCAUGGAUGGGCUGCAGAUAUCUAAUUGGGUGUAUCACGAUGGAACGUACGCGAAUACGUCUAUCGUCCAAGAUUUACUUCAUAACGUCCAAGCUCAGCGAGUGGAGAACGAAGAUUACUCCUUGCAGGAUACUAUACACUUACCGUUUUCCUGGCCAGCAGAUGCAAACAACAAAUUCCCCUCAUACGAUUCCAAUUCAUCCUCCGAUCCCGAUUCGAUAUCCCUCGCUGGCGCUGAGCUAUGGCCUUCACAGCCUACACCAGACGUCCCGCUCCCGAAAACAUCGAUGAUUUGUGCGGAGGACAACUUUCGGCUAACUAAGUAUUCUGCUGAGAUGCCGCAGUGGCGGUAUCUGACUCCGGAACGAGUUGCCGCAUUUCACUCACAUUUCACUGCUAUACGACGCGUCGUGGACGACAAUGCUCGCGCUGGGGAGAAUAUUGCUUUGAUCUUGGAGGAUGACGUGGAUAUGGAGGUGGAUAUUAAGGAGAGGAUGAGUGUGCUGUUGCCGAUGCUUCCUUAUGAUUGGGAUAUGUUUUUCUUGGGCUUCUGCUGGUCCAAGGAAACAAUUCACCCUGUUGUCGAAGAUCCGUACAUUAUUCCCAAAAAGAACCUUCUUUAUCCCUCUUUUCAACCCCGCUGUUUACAUGCUUAUGCACUCUCGCCUGCCGGUGCUGUUCGUCUCCUUAUGCAUCUCCGCAAUGAGCAUUUCGCUUAUGGUCGUUCCGUCGACCUCGCAACUGAGUGGCUCAUCUGGGACAAACGCGUCAAAAGUUUUACUGUGGUCCCUCCAGUAACCAUACAAAGGAAGGUGACCAAGACGGAUAUCACGCUUUUUGGAGGUGCCCUUUGGAAGGAGAAAUUGGAGGAAGGCGUACUGGGAACUAAGCAAAGUGGAGACGAGGUUUAG